AUGUUCAUUGGUGGAUUGAAUUGGGAAACUACGGAUGAGUCUCUUAAAGCGUAUUUUUCUAAAUAUGGACAAGUUUUGGAGUGUAACAUCAUGAGAGACAAUGUUACCGGUCGUUCUAGAGGGUUUGGAUUCCUUACAUUUGACAGUGUGGAAGCAGUCAACAAAGUUGUUUCUCAAUCAGAACAUUAUUUGGAUGGCAAAAUUAUUGAUCCAAAGCGAGCAAUUCCUCGUGAGGAGCAGAACAAGACUGCCAAGAUUUUUGUGGGUGGUGUUGGCAGUGAUGUCAAUGAUCGUGAUUUCAAAAGCUUUUUCGAAAAAUAUGGUGUUGUUAUUGAUGCUCAACUUAUGCUCGACAAAGAUACUGGCCGUCCUCGAGGUUUUGGUUUUGUCACUUUUGAUAGUGAUGAAGCUGUUGAAAAAAUCCUUUCUGAACAUGUGUUAAUACUAAAGAAUAAGGCAAUUGAAGUCAAGCGUGCUGAACCCAGAGGUGGUAAGGGAGGAAAUAUGGGUGACCACUCCGGAAGAAAUGACUACCAGGGCAAUGCUUAUGGUAGAAAUGCUCUUGGUAGAGGCGGGAAUGUCGGAUACGGUGGCCAUGGAGAGCAGAGCAGCCAAAAUAACUAUAUGGCUGGUAUGAACCCUGCAAUGAUGUCGCAGUAUUAUUCAUGGUAUAUGAAUGCUAUGCGCCAACAACAAAUGCAGCUUCAAGGUCAAGGUGGAAACAGUCCUGGUGGUGAUCAAACUCAGAACCCUGCUAUGGCCGCUAUGUUCAGUAUGAUGCAACAGCAACAGCAACAGCAACAGCAACAGCAAGUCCAGGCUGGUGGUAGUGCUAGUCCUCCUGCUCUGCCAGGCAGCGGCAGCCCAGGUUUACCUCAACCAAGACCAUAUGAGGAUGUGGAAGGGAACGGUGAUGAUGAUAGACAUGGAUAUAGGGACCGCGAUGACGACUCUAGGGGUCGUUAUUCAGGUUCCUAUCGCGAUGACAGAGGCGGUAACUGGAGCCGAGAUAGGUCCAGAUCACCGAGAUCUAAUCCACCAUCUGGACCCCGUGGUGGACGUAGAAGUGGUGGACAUGGCCGUAGACGAGAUCGCGGUGAUCGCAGAGAUCGUGGUGACCGAGGUGACCGUGGAGAUCGUGGGGAUCGUGGAGGUGAUUCCAGUUACAGCGGGUAUCAACGUUAA